CCAAAGUGGUCUCUCGUGUCCGACAAUGACCUCCGCUUUUCUCUCUUUCCCCUUCGUUUGAUUCGAGAAACAAAAACAAAAACAAAACAAAAAGAAGCAGAUAGUGUGAUUAGUUUACGACGGAGAAGACGAAGAUGGAGACAGAGACGACGACGACGCAAUCAUACAGCGAGCAAUGGUACUGGGACGAACGCUACACGAACGAAUCCGACCCCUUCGAUUGGUACCAAAACUACGCUUCGUUAGCUCCUCUCAUCAACCUCUAUGUCCCUCACCGUCCUCACCCAGUCCUCGUCAUCGGCUGCGGAAACUCAGCGUUCAGCGAAGGAAUGGUGGAUGAUGGGUAUGAAGAUGUAGUCAGCAUCGAUAUCUCCUCUGUGGUGAUCGAUGCCAUGGUUAAGAAAUACUCCGACCGUCCUCAGCUCAAAUAUUUGAAGAUGGAUGUGCGUGAUAUGAAGGCGUUUGGAGAUGCUUCUUUUGAUGCUGUGAUUGAUAAAGGAACCUUAGACUCUAUUUUGUGUGGGAGCAAUUCGAGGCAACACUCAACGCAGAUGCUUGAGGAGGUUUGGAGGGUACUCAAGGAUAAAGGAGUCUACAUCUUGAUUACAUAUGGAGCUCCGGAUUACCGUCUUAGGCUGUUUAAAGACUCAUGCUCUUGGACAACGAAACUCCAUGUGAUAGACAAAAGUUCAUUAGAAACGUCAAAAUGGGAACUGACGAAACCCAUUCCUCUAGAUACGGAGGGGAGUUCAGUGGAAUCUGCAAUUGGGAAAAGCCCUGAUGUUCAUUACAUCUAUGUCUGUAUUAAGGAUGAGUCGUUGAAGAGGGAAGCAGACUCAGCUUGAAGUCAUGAGAAUCUUUUUUCCUGCUCGUUGCUUCGGUCCUACAAGGAUUUGGGGUUUUGUCUUUGUUGUAUUCAUGUUUCACUUUCAAAUUAGAGAAAGCAUUCUUGGAUCAGCGUUGGUUGCAUUCAA